GACCGGCAUGUUUGCCUGCGAGGCGAAAUUUGGUAUAAAUACUAGAGUCCGACGAGAUCCAAGGCAUCAGUUGCUUAUUCUCAUCUUCUUCUCAUCAUCCUCCUGAACUUUAAACCUUUCCAAAAAACAUGAAGGCUUUCAUUGUCCUCGCCGCCCUUGUGGCCGCUGUCUCUGCUGAACCACCAUCCUCCGCUUAUGGCGCUCCAUCCCAUGGAGCCAGCUUUGGAGGAUUCAGCUCCGGUGGGGGUGGUGGAUUCGGAGGAUUCAGCUCCGGUGGUGGUGGUGGAUUUGGAGGAUCCGGUGGUGGUGGUGCUGGAGGACAAGUUUACCGACACGUCUAUGUUCACGCCGCCCCAGAUGAGGCUGCUGAUCACCAAUCUCGAGUCAUCCGAGUUCCCGGAGGAGCCGAUAAGCACGUGAACAUCAUCUUUGUCAAGACCCCAUCCCAAUCCUCCUCCCAACAAACCGAGGUCAUCCUCCCAGAACAAGGAGAACAAAAGACCCUCGUCUACGUCCUUCUCAAGAAGGGAUCCAACUCUGCCGAUGUCAAGAUCCGUCGCCCAGCCGCCUCUGCCCCAGCCAAGCCGGAGGUUUACUUCAUCCGAUACGCUGGUGCUGGUGGUGCUGGAGGUGGUUCCGGAGGUGCUGGUGGAUUCAGCUCCGGUGGUGGUGGUGGAUUCGGGGGUGGAUCCCUUUCGACCGCUUAUGGUCAAUAAGUAUAUUCGUAGACGUCAACAACAGAAACAAAUUAUUCUGAAGAAUUUAUGCAGUCUGCUCAUUGAAGAAAGACGCCAUCGAUUGUCGCAUAAUUUGUCUAGUCUUUUGGACUUUCACCACGUCCAACUUCAUCUUCUCUACAAACUCUUAUCUUUCUGUUCUCAGUAUAUUCUCGUAUUGCCAAGUGUCACUGGGCUCAUGGCCAUGUACAACAAAAAUGAAUAAACACUUUCACGAAUACCUACAUAAAAUAA